GAGAGAACGUCGCUUCCGUACAUCAAUGGCGUCUCUCCAACUCUGCCACUGCUCCUCCACUGGCCCUUCUCUCUCCCCUCGCUUCAUACCCCGACGCCUCACCGUUAAAGCCUCUGCUUCUUCUUCUUCACCUCCUCCUCCUUCUCCUCCUUCGUCUUCGUCGUUGUCGUUCUAUCGGAGGCAACUUCUGUGCCAAUCUGCGGCGAUAUCUCUGUCCCUGUAUCCCCUAAUCGGACCGGUGAAUGAAGCUAAGUCGGUGGAACAGCUCUCCGAAUGGGAAAGAGGGUACCUCCCCAUCGAUCCCGGCGUUGUUCUUCUCGACAUUGCUUUCGUUCCUGAUGAUCCCAACCACGGAUUUUUGCUGGGGACGAGGCAGACUCUGUUAGAGACGAAAGAUGGUGGAAACACUUGGGCUCCGCGCUCAAUUCCUUCUGCUGAAGAAGAGGAUUUCAACUACAGAUUCAAUUCAAUCAGCUUCAAAGGAAAAGAAGGAUGGAUCAUCGGCAAACCCGCCAUUUUGUUGUACACUUCCGACGCCGGAGAGAAUUGGGACAGAAUACCCUUGAGUGCUCAACUUCCCGGAGAUAUGGUGUAUAUAAAGGCUACGGGUGAAAAGAGUGCAGAGAUGGUGACAGAUGAAGGAGCUAUAUAUCUUACUUCAAACAAGGGCUACAACUGGAGAGCCGCUGUUCAGGAAACUGUAUCAGCUACCUUAAACAGAACAGUGUCCAGUGGCAUUAGUGGUGCGAGUUACUACACAGGCACCUUUAGUACGGUGAAUCGUUCUCCAGAUGGAAGAUAUGUCGCGGUUUCAAGCCGUGGUAACUUCUACCUGACAUGGGAGCCUGGGCAGCCUUUCUGGCAGCCGCAUAACCGGGCAGUAGCGAGAAGAAUACAGAGCAUGGGAUGGAGAGCUGAUGGCGGGCUUUGGCUGCUUGUUCGAGGAGGUGGUCUUUAUCUUAGCAAAGGAACUGGGAUCUCAGAAGAAUUUGAAGAAGUUCCUGUACAGAGCCGAGGUUUCGGCAUUCUUGAUGUUGGAUUUCGCUCACAGGAAGAAGCAUGGGCGGCUGGAGGAAGUGGGAUUCUGCUGAGAACAACAAACGGUGGAAAGUCGUGGAGCAGAGACAAGGCUGCUGAUAACAUUGCCGCCAAUCUCUACUCUGUCAAAUUCAUAGAUGAUAAGACAGGGUUUGUGCUCGGAAACGACGGCGUUUUGCUCCGUUAUGUAGGGUGAUAGCCGUUGCCCCCAAAGGUGAACUGAACUUGUCAAUCAACUGAGUUUGUGUAUUUUUAAGUUUCUUGGCUCAAUCUUUCUCGUGAAGCAGGCUGAUGUAAUUAUUACAAAACUAUUAUUUAUUUACAUGGUGCCCAAAAAAAAAUAACUUUUAUUUUA